UGCUCACGCUGUGGCAGAAAAAGAGGAAAAAAACUCUCUCGCUUUCGCAGAGGAGAGAGAAGAUAGAGAGAGAGAGAGAGAGAGAGAGGGGGUCGUGGGGGAGGUGUGUUCUUUUUCUCUCUGUGCGAAGGAGGGUUGUGAGGUUCUAGGGUUUCGGCGAGAUGGGGGAGAGGCUCACCGGGAAGGUCAAGUGGUUCAGCGACCAGAAGGGGUUCGGCUUCAUCACCCCCGACGACGGCGGCGACGACCUCUUCGUCCACCAGUCCUCCAUCCGCACCGAGGGCUUCCGCAGCCUCGGCGACGGCGAGUCCGUCGAGUUCCAGAUCGAGUCCGACGGGGGCCGCACCAAGGCCGUCGACGUCACCGGACCCGACGGGGCCAACGUCCAGGGCAGCACCCGCGGCGGAGGCGGCGGAGGAGGAGGCGGCAGGGGCGCGCGGGGCGGUGGGUAUGGAGGAGGCGGAGGGUACGGCGGCGGCGGUGGCGGGUACGGCAGCAGGGGUGGGCGAGGCGGCGGGGGUUACGGAGGGGGCGGGUACGGCGGCGGCGGCGGCGGCUACGGCGGCGGCGGCGGCGGCGGCGGGGGAGGGGGUGCUUGCUACAACUGCGGGGAGACCGGGCACCUGGCGAGGGACUGCUACCAGGGCAGCGGAGGAGGCGGCGGCGGCGGCCGGUACGGAGGAUCCGGCGGCGGCGGCGGCGGCGGCGGCGGAGGAGGAGGGAACUGCUUCAAGUGUGGAGAGCCAGGGCAUUUCGCGAGGGAGUGUCCUCAGGGCGGCGAGUAAAUCUCGCCCGAACGGAGCUCGUCUUCGGCCCCCGAGUCCGACUCUCCUCUAUUUACAUCUCUAUCCCUUCGGUUGUGUGCGCGUGACUUUUGCUGCUUAGGUCUUUCAUUUUUUUUUCUGGGUUUAAUGCUCUGCAUGCGUUUCAUGUGACAACAUUGUUGUUGUGUUUAGGACUCGUGUUUUUUUCUCUUGCCAAAAUCAUCUUUUCAUUUUUGGUUAAAUGCUGUUGGGCGUGGUGAUGCGAUGAUGAUGUUGGUCCCUGUAGGGUCGAAAGCGGAACUCGAAAUUGGUGUGUAGGUUAGGUCCUUUUGAAUGCACCAUCUAAUCGACAAGAAAUUUCGUCC